GUUGAAGAAAGAAGAACAAAAAGUGUCAAUCUUUAACAGUCCACAUCGAAGUCCAAUUUCAAGUAAAAAAAGGGGUUUUAGGGUUUGCUCCAAGAAGAAGAAGAGACGAAAGAGAAGCAAUGAGCGACGCGUUUUGCUCGGACUGCAAGAAACACACGGAGGUCGUGUUCGAUCACUCCGCCGGAGACACCGUCUGCUCGGAGUGCGGCCUCGUGCUCGAGUCUCACUCAAUCGACGAAACCUCCGAGUGGCGCACCUUCGCUAACGAGUCGGGCGAUAACGAUCCCGUCCGCGUCGGCGGUCCGACGAACCCGCUUCUCGCCGACGGUGGUCUCACCACCGUCAUUUCGAAACCUAACGGAUCGUCCGGGGACUUUCUCUCGUCUUCGCUUGGUCGUUGGCAGAACCGUGGAUCGAACCCUGAUCGCGGGCUUAUCGUCGCGUUCAAGACGAUCGCUACUAUGGCUGAUAGGUUGGGGCUUGUGGCGACCAUCAAGGACCGAGCCAAUGAGAUAUAUAAAAGGGUAGAGGAUCAGAAGUCAAGCAGAGGAAGGAAUCAGGAUGCUCUUUUGGCUGCUUGUUUAUACAUUGCUUGUCGUCAAGAGGACAAGCCACGAACUGUCAUAUAGUUAACAAAGAAAAUAUGUUCUGUUGCCAAUGGAGCUACUAAGAAGGAGAUUGGUCGUGCAAAAGAGUACAUAGUCAAACAGUUGGGGCUUGAAACAGGACAAUCAGUAGAAAUGGGAACUAUCCACGCUGGAGAUUUUAUGAGACGUUUUUGCUCCAAUCUUGGUAUGACUAACCAAACCGUGAAGGCGGCUCAAGAAUCUGUGAAGAAGUCAGAGGAGUUUGAUAUAAGGAGGAGUCCCAUAUCGAUUGCAGCAGCGGUUAUAUACAUCAUAACACAGCUCUCUGAUGAGAAGAAGCCUCUUCGAGAUAUCUCGGUGGCAACUGGAGUUGCAGAAGGAACUAUUAGGAACUCGUACAAAGAUCUCUACCCUCACCUUCCCAAGAUCAUACCAGCUUGGUACGCUAAAGAAGAAGAUCUCAAGAACCUUCAAAGCCCUUGAGUGCUCUCAUCUUCUUCUCUCUUACUUGUUAUUACCCACUUACCACGCCUUCUUGUUUGAUAAAUCAAGUCUAGUUUCUAUUGGAAUCUCGGGUUAUAGAGUUGUUUGGUCCAGACCUGAACCAGAGUUCUCAAGUAGAUUUGUAUCCAGAGAAAAAUUAAUCCAAGGAUUCGUGUAUUGGUUAAAGCGUGUGUCAGAACAAAAGAAAACCGGAUCUGAAAUUCUCGGUCAAUAGAAAUA